AUGUCGUGUUGGGCCGAAGCAACCGCAGUGGAGAAGAUUUCGUUCAAUGCAUACUCCUGCAUCCUCUCUGAUGAUUGGUGCAUAGGAAGUGUACCUAAUGGUGGCUACGUCACAGGAUGUAUACUAGAAGCCGUCAAGGCGCAUUUCGACACUGCUUUGGCGAAACAGAACCAGCCACAUACCAUAGCCUUGCACGUUGAGUUCCUGCGUAGGACGCAGGUUGGUCCAGCUACCUUCAAGAUAGAUGAUGUCAAGAUAGGUCGACAAACAUCCACUGUGCAUGUCAGUAUGGAACAGGAUGAUCGACUAGAAGUGAUCGCAUAUGCAACAAAUUCAAAUAUGGACAACGAGGUCGGCCUCACUUUUGACUCGCAAUAUCAGAUGUCGCCACCUGUUCCGCCUGUUGAUCUUGCAAAGCUGGCGCAAGACUCAGAUCCACUCUGGGAGCGUCAGCCUGAUAUGCCUUUUGCAAAGUUCAGAAAGGCAUCGACCAAAGUCAAUUUCCACUUCCCUCGACAAGGGCAGCCCACAUUGGCUAUAGCAGACGAGUGGCUGUGCUGGUCAGAUGGCAGCAACUUCACCAAUGCUUCGAUUGGAUUUGUCGCAGACAUGUUCCCGCAAUUAGCCGAAAAUUUCAGGCAGAAGGACAAAGGCCCGUUCUGGAGUCCCACACUGCUAUUGAAUCUGGACGUCAAGAAGUCGCUACCGCCUGGAGGAGUGAAGUGGUUGCAGAUCAGAGUAGAGGCGAAGAAGAUACAGAACGGAAGAAUGGAUCUUGAGGUGCACGUGCACGAUGCUCAAGGAGAUUUAAUAGCGCUCAGUCACCAUGUUACCCUCAUCAUGGACGCAUCAAGGAACACAGCUGCGAGGAGAAAGCCAGACACCAAGAUAUAG